AUGAGCAGAUCACCAGAAAAUAUUGCUCUUCCUCCUCCUCCUCCUCCUCCUCCUCCUCUUCCUCUUCCUUCAUCUCAUACCGUCGUCGUGGCUCUUAGUGGGAGCAGAAAAAACAAAAAUGUUGUUACAUGGGCGCUCGAGAAAUUUGCUCCUGAAGGAAAUGUUGGCUUCAAGCUACUUCACAUUCAUCCAAGGAUUACUUCUGUACCUACACCAAUGGGAAAUGCAAUCCCUAUUUCCGAGGUACGAGAUGAUGUAGUAACUGCAUACAGACAGGAAAUACUGUGGCAGUCUGAAGAAGUGCUUAAACCUCUCAAGAAGAUGUUCGAGCGGAGAAAGGUCGCAGUAGAAGUUCUUGUGCUCGAAUCAGAUAAUGUGGCAGCGGCGAUAGCUGAAGAAGUUACUCGGAACUCAAUAGAGAGACUUGUCAUUGGAGGCUCAUCCCGUAGUUUUUUCUCAAGGAGAGCUGAUAUGUGCUCGGCGAUAUCAGCUUUGAUGCCGAACUUUUGUACAGUGUAUGUUGUUUCGAAAGGAAAAUUGUCAUGCGUCCAACCAUCAAACUCAGACGGAAACGCUACUAUAAGAGAUGAUGGUAGUGACAGAACUGAUUCCUCCAGCGGUUCUUCCGGUCCCACCUCAGAAUCAACAGAUGGAAUUUCAAGUGCCUAUGACUCUCAGUCACGUGCUCUAUCCCUUCCGGUCAGGAGAUUGCAUCAUUUCCCGACAAUCACAAGACAAGCAUCAGUUCCAAUGGAAACGAGUUCUGUUGGCUCAGAUGAAACCAGGUGCAUGUCUUUGGAUGCAGAGGAAGCGAAAGAUGUUUCGAGUAUCAAUAGAAGCAGCACGGAUACAACAUUACGUUGGACUCCACGGGUUAGAGAUUAUGAUGAGAGAAAAGACGCUAUGAGUUCUUCUUCUAGCAACCGUGAAUAUGGGAAUGUUGGUAGUAGGUUUAGUUGGACUGGCAUGGUGAUCGAUACUAAUCACUCGAGGGCUUCUCAACAAGCUUCUAACAUGUCUGAUGCUCUAAGUGAACAAUCUUAUACAGAUAACCAGGUAAACCUAAGCUUUGAGGUUGAGAAGUUGAGAGCUGAGCUUAGACACGUUCAAGAAAUGUAUGCUGUGGCUCAAACCGAAACCUAUGAUGCUUCUCGAAAGCUUAGUGAGCUUAACCAACGUCGGUUAGAAGAAGCUAUAAAGCUUGAAGAGCUAAAGCUAAAGGAGUACGAAGCUCGAGAGUUAGCAGAGAAGGAAAAGCAGAACUUUGAACAAGCGAGGAGAGAUGCAGAGAGCAUGAGAGAAAGAGCGGAGAGAGAAAUUGCGCAGAGAAGAGAAGCUGAGAGGAAAGCCGCUCGUGAUGCUAAAGAGAAAGAGAAGCUCGAAGGCACUCUCGGGUCUCCUCAGCUGCAAUAUCAGCACUUCACUUGGGAAGAAAUUGUGGCUGCCACUUCAUCGUUCUCAGACGAACUGAAGAUUGGAAGUGGAUCUUUUGGAGCUGUUUACAAGUGUAAUUUGCAUCAUACAACCGCAGCUGUCAAAGUUCUGCAUUCCGCUGAAAACGGUCUGUCCAAACAAUUCAAACAAGAGCUCGAAAUCUUGAGCAAGAUUCGUCACCCACACUUGGUUCUCCUUCUAGGAGCGUGCCCGGAGCAAGGAGCUUUAGUUUAUGAGUACAUGGAAAACGGUAGCUUGGAGGACAGACUGUUCCAGGUCAACAACAGUCCGCCACUACCCUGGUUUGAACGGGUUAGGAUAGCUUGGGAAGUCGCAGCAGCUCUUGUCUUCCUCCACAAAUCAAAGCCUAAACCGAUCAUCCACCGUGAUCUAAAACCAGCAAACAUCUUACUUGAUCACAACUUUGUCAGCAAAGUUGGAGACGUUGGACUAUCAACGAUGGUUCAAGUCGAUUCUUUAUCAACUAAAUUCACCAUAUACAAGCAAACAAGCCCCGUGGGAACGUUAUGCUACAUCGAUCCUGAGUAUCAACGCACAGGGAUGAUAUCAUCGAAGUCAGAUGUCUAUUCGUUUGGAAUGAUACUUCUCCAGCUCCUCACAGGAAAACCAGCUAUUGCAUUGACACAUUACGUUGAGAGGGCGAUGGAUAGUAACGAUGAGUUUCUGAAGAUCUUGGACCAGAAAGCAGGUAACUGGCCGGUUGAAGAAACCCGGGAACUGACCGCAUUGGCUUUGUGUUGCACAGAGCUACGCGGGAAAGAUAGGCCUGAUUUGAAAGAUCAGAUUCUUCCUGCGCUCGAGAGCUUGAAGAAAGUAGCUGAGAAGGCGAGGAAUUCGGUUUCCGGGGUGCCAACACAGCCUCCUACUCAUUUCCUCUGCCCAUUGCUUAAGGACGUGAUGAACGAGCCGUGCGUUGCUGCUGAUGGAUACACAUAUGACCGUCGUGCGAUAGAGGAGUGGCUUGAGGAGCACGACACGUCGCCGAUGACGAAUUUACCGUUGCAUAACAAGAACCUUUUGCCUAACUAUACUCUUUACACAGCCAUCAUGGAGUGGAGGUCUAGGUUCUAGACUACACAGUAAAGCAAAACUUUGUAGCGUUUUCUGAGUAAAUAAAACGGCAAGAUGUUCUCACACCCUCUGCACAUUAUAUAUCUGUGUAUUCUUUCUGUUCUUUCUUUCAUUCAAAGCGAUUUUCUUUUGUCGGAGAAAAACUUACU